GUACUUUGAGGUGACAGAUGGUUUUGAUCACAUCCCGAGGGCUUUAUUCCAGAUGUUAAAUGCCACGACCCUCCUCAACUCUAAGGUCAAGCUCAUCAAUCACGCAGGAGGCCGCGGAGUGACGGUAACAUUCCAGGACGGGCGUAGCUCGGGCUCCCUGACCAACCUGACGGCGGACUACGCCCUGGUCACGGCUUCGGCCAAGGCUGCCAUCUUCAUCGACUUCCAGCCGCCUCUCUCCGCGGACAAGACGGAGGCCCUGCGCUCUGUCCACUACGCCAGCACCACCAAGGUGAUACUCAGCUUCUCGGAGCGGUUCUGGGAGAAAGAGGGCAUCAGAGGCGGGAAGAGCAUCACGGACCGGCCGUCCCGCUUCAUCUUCUACCCGAGCCACGGCUUCCCCGGCACGGCGGCGGGCGCCCUGCUGGCGUCCUACACCUGCUCCGACGAUUCCACCCUCUUCCAAGGGGUGAGCGAAGACGAGCUGAUGGCCGUGGUCCUGGAGGACUUGGUGAAGAUCCACGGGGAGUACAUCAGGGCCCUGUGGACGGGCGGCCUGGUGAAGAAGUGGGGCUUGGAUCCGUACAGUCUGGGAGCUUUCGCCCUGUUCACGCCCUACCAGCAGGGUCAGUACGCCAGGGAGCUGUUCCAGAGCGAGGGACGGCUGCACUUUGCAGGAGAACACACCGCCACGCCGCACGGGUGGAUCGAAACCGCCAUGAAGUCUGCACUCAGGGCCGCGAGGAAUAUUAAUAACCUCACUGUUUAG